AGACUUUGGCUUAGAUUUAGGAAGGGGCAACGGAUUCCCGCGAUCAGGACAUAGACACGGCCCGUGCGGACUUGGAGAGCUAUGGAGGUUUUGAGUUGAGUACGUUGCCAUUAGAUCCCACAAGAAUCGACAAGCUGACAUACUUAUUUGAGACGGGAAGAUGCAAGAACUCUGCUGCGACAUUUUACUGUGGGCCAGUCGACAGUGAAGAGCGGCUUGAUCAAGGUGCAAAUUUCCUUGCAAGGUGGAAAGACAAAUAUGCAUCUUGUUUCUGACGCGCUCAGCGCGAAUCCUUCACACGGGCUGUGCGGCCCAGAUUAGAUCAGGUCGAGACAAGCAUGCCCACAUUGCAAGAAUCCUUAGGGAUUUUGUUGGACAGGGGGGGCGACAAUUCGUUCCCCUGGAUCAUUCCCUCCUGUGCGCGGUCGCUGAUUGGGUCAUUGGCCUUGCCCAAGGAUGCAGUUUCAAGCUUCACCGGAUUGAAAUUUAAGACGGUCAGGCAUCCAAAGUGAUGACGUAGCACUGGCCGGCGUUGUGACGAGCAGGUUGUCACGAGAGGCCCCGAUUGGUCUUUCAGCAUUCCUUGGGAUUGUAAAGCAACCCAGCUGCAGAAGGCACAUGGCGCUGCCACCAGGCGCAGCAGACCAUGUUCAUGUUGCAGCGGGUGGAGGGCUCGGAACUGUUUUCGCAUGUGUUCAAUCUUUGGUCUUUCCUCACAACAUAGCCUGAAGGGCAGUGACAGCAAAAAUUGACCACGGAAAUUAUUCAAGAAACGCGGGGCGUGCUAAUCUCAGCAGUGCAGCGGGGCUAUUAGUUCAAGCCUUGGUGCAGAACUCCUUGAACUUGGAGGCGGUUGAGGAAGCACUUCGUGACCAGAAGGGGAACUACUUCAGGGAAAUUUUCAACCGCAUCAACGUCAUGGCAAAGGACCCAUAGUUUUUUUGGACGAAGGAAAUGAGCAGUAGGGACUGCUCACCCCACAAGAUGACUGGCAACAAAAAUAAAUCGUAGGUUGGAAAAAACGACCUUCUGAAAGAUUCCACAGCCGACCUCACCGACUCCGGGCGAUGACUAUAACGCGGACAAUGUGAGUUGGGCAUUUGAAGAUGUUGGAUGGCAUGGUUAUUGUCAAGGCAGCUCUGGGCAGUGGCUGGAGACUGAUGGCUCUGGUGUUUACUGAAGUCUGAGUUUACUGGAGCCUGACACCAAAAACAGCAUCGAAAAUUGAAAAUACACAUGCAACCUCGCAUGUUUACGGGAACAAAAAGGGAUGAGCGAAGUUCUUUCUUGUGCACAUGAAGGGCACAAAAAGAGGCAAGAACGGCAAACACUUCCGACGUCCAUCGUCAUGGAACUCUACUACUUUACUACCCCCCUACAAAGGUGAUGCCAACACAAGAAGUGAUGGCAUCCACCGGACCGGCAUGGGGCAAGGGCGCUUCACUUGUGGAGGCCAAGGGCAUGGUUUUCGUCAAUAUCCAAAAAGUACAACCGCAACCACCGGAAGAUUUGAAAAGGAAGUGGGGGAAGCAGCAUGUUCAUGGUCGAAAGUUUUGCAACCGCCUACAUGGUGGAACAGUGUCACCAGAUGGCCGGCGAGAGCCACUGAGACUGUUGGUUCCUUUGGUGCCAUACAACAAGUGCCACAAAAACGCUUUGAAUUGACUGGCGUUGAAGGUUUUGCCCCAAAGACGAUAGAUGUUUCUUUCGUUUUGGCAACGGCAGAUUGCACAGUUCAGAGAGCUAGCUACCUUUUGUUGCCUCAGCACGUGGGAGAGCAAAAUGCCCAGCGGUGAAACUAUAUGGCCAACCAAAUUCCGACCCUAGUUGUGGGGAUCAAUACAUUGACUGUCAUUGACUCGUCUAGAAACAAUUCUUGAUGUUGCAGGUGGUUGGCUUGUGAUGACAGUGUGUUUCACGAGAAUAAAUAGGCCAUCCAUCAGUGUCAUGAUGACUACGAGUUUGACAUCAGGAUCUCUUUGUGUGGAUUGGCCUCUAGGGCACUUUUAGUCAUGGACCAUACAGUAUAGGUAAGCCAUAGCUGCAUCUGUCAAGUUUAGCUUCAUGGAACCGUCCUCCUUGACGAAGUCGUCCCCCGAAGGCGACCAGCUCACGUUCAAGUCGUGGAUGGACGAUGUCAGGCCGCGAUAAAAUGAGACCCGCAGCAAGUCUGGAUGCACUUCUUUUACAAGCUGGAUGGUAUCCAGUACUUUGGCUACCGCCGGGAACGCGGAAAAAUUUGGGGUCCUGAAUGGAGUGGAGCUGGAAAAGUCGAGAACUUGACUGGAGCGCUCAAGCACAAACUUGACCGACACCUUCGAGGUGGCCAUGCUCCAGUCCAAUGAGUAUGCGGAAAAGAAAUGACGGAUUCCUACCGAUGUCAUGAAGGGGCAACCUUCUCUAUGGUCGUCCCUCAGUUCCGACCAAGAGUUCCAGACUGGGGAGUGCAAUGCAAUCCAAGUACCGAAAACUCUUGGACCUGAAGCCUAAAGAAACUCACCCAAACCACCAACACAACAUGAGAGUGACGUUGCCUG